AAUAUCACAGCGCUGUUUCCUAUCGACCGGAUAUGAAAGUGCACCCAAGGUCCAUUCCUGUACGCGUUCCAUCUGUCAGCCACCUAAAGCAACUAUGGCAGCAUAUUCUGAAUUGGGCGUGAUGCCCGAAAUCGCGAGGGCCGUGGAGGAAAUGGACUGGCUGCUUCCCACUGACAUCCAAGCUGAGUCCAUUCCUUUGAUUCUCGGUGGAGGAGAUGUCCUCAUGGCAGCAGAAACCGGUAGCGGUAAAACAGGAGCCUUCAGCAUUCCCGUCAUUCAGAUUGUGCAUGAAACGCUGACCGACCAACAGCAGGGCAAGAAAGGCAGAGCCAACGUCACAACGGGCGGAGCGGUCUUUAACAAUUGGCAGAUGAACCCUUAUGACCGAAGUGCUGCAUUUGCCAUCGGGGCGGACGGCCUGUGCUGCCAAAGCCGAGAGUUUAAGGAAUGGCACGGCUGUCGCUCCACCAAGGCCGUGAGCAAAGGGAAGUACUACUACGAGGUCACGUGCCACGACCAAGGCCUGUGUCGCAUUGGCUGGUGCACCGGCCAGGCGGCUCUCGACUUGGGAACCGACAAGUACGGUUUUGGUUUUGGCGGAACCGGGAAGAAAUCAUACAACAAGCAAUUUGACAGCUAUGGCGAGGAGUUCACCAUGCACGACACGAUUGGAUGCUACCUCGACUUGGACAAAGGCCACAUUUCCUUCUCCAAAAAUGGUAACGAUCUGGGUUUGGCUUUCGAGAUCCCUCAGAAUCUGAGGAGUCAGCCCUUGUUUGCCUCUUGCGUCCUCAAGAACGCAGAACUGAAAUUCAACUUUGGCAGCGAGGACUUUAAGCAUGCGCCCACGAGCGGCUUUGUCGCCUUGCAUCAGGCGCCGGACGCUCACACGGUCAAGUCUUCGCAGACGGGGAGCGCCAAGGUGAGUCAGGCCAAAGGGUCUAGCAACGCCCCCAAGGCGCUCAUCAUCGAGCCGUCCAAGGAGCUGGCCGAGCAGACGCUCAACAACGUGACGCAAUUCAAGAAAUACGUGGUCGACCCCAAGCUCAGAGAGCUGCUGGUGAUCGGCGGUGUGGCCGCCAAGGAGCAAAUGGCCGCCCUGGAGCAAGGCGUGGAAAUUGUGGUGGGGACGCCCGGUCGAUUGGACGACCUCAUAUCCACCGGAAAGCUCAGCCUGUCCCAAGUCCGCUUUCUGGUCCUGGACGAAUGCGACGGGCUCCUGUCGGCGGGCUACACGGACUUCAUCAACAGAAUCCAUCAUCAAAUCCCUCAAGUGACAUCCGACGGAAAACGGCUGCAGGUGAUCGUGUGCUCGGCCACGCUGCACUCGUUCGACGUGAAGAAGCUGUCGGAGCGCAUCAUGCACUUCCCCACCUGGGUUGACCUGAAGGGCGAGGACUCGGUGCCCGAGACCGUGCACCACGUGGUCGUGCCCGUCAACCCCAAGGCCGACCGGACCUGGGAGCGGCUGGGCAAGAGCCAGAUCCGGACGGAUGAAGUCCACGCCAAAGACAACACCAGACCAGGGAGCAACUCAGCAGAAAUGUGGUCGGAGGCCAUCAAGGUACUGAAAGGCGAGUACACGGUGAGGGCCAUCAAAGAGCACAAAAUGGACCAGGCCAUCAUCUUCUGCCGCACCAAGAUCGACUGUGACAACAUGGAGCAGUACUUUAUCCAGCAAGGAGGAGGCCCGGAGAGUAAAAACCACCAGUUAUCCUGCGUAUGUCUCCAUGGCGAUCGCAAGCCCCAAGAGAGGAAGAACAACUUGGAUCGCUUCAAGAGAAAGGAAGUGCGGCUUCUCAUCUGCACCGACGUGGCCGCCAGGGGGAUCGACAUCCGCGGCGUUCCCUACGUGAUUAACGUGACGCUGCCAGACGAGAAGCAGAACUACGUCCACCGCAUCGGCAGAGUGGGUCGGGCAGAGAGAAUGGGCUUGGCCAUCUCAUUGGUUGCCAUGGAGAAGGAGAAGGUGUGGUACCACGUGUGCGCCAACCGAGGCAGGGGCUGCUACAACACACGACUCAAGCAGGACGGCGGCUGCACCAUCUGGUACAACGAGAAAGAACUCCUUUCGGAAAUCGAGGAACACCUCAAGUGCACCAUCACCCAUUGCGAGCCCGACAUCAAGGUCCCUGUGGACGAUUUUGACGGGAAGGUCACUUAUGGCCAACGCCGGAAGCUGGGAGGUGGCAACUACAAGGGUCACGUGGAUGUGCUGGCCCCCACCGUGCAAGAACUGGCCAACCUGGAGAGAGAAGCCCAGACGUCCUUCCUCCACCUCGGAUACUUGCCCAACCAGCUCUUCAAAGCCUUCUGAGCGCAGCAGCAUCGAGCGGCUCCCAUCCGUGCCCAGGCCUGUAUGGUGCACAUAGCUAAAAAAGAAUCAUUUGGUUGAAUGAGUUGCAAUUUGCAGAAGCAUUUGAUGCCUCUGUGUUUUCUUUUCUGAAAUAAACUGUGGUGAGCACUCA